UACCCUCUGUUGCUGAAAACGCGGAGAACGAAGGCAAGGUUCCCUUCUUUAAUGACAGAAACACGGGACCAUGUGGAGCUUCAGCUUGCUCCUCUUCUGGGGGUGUUGUGGUUUAUACAGCUCACGUAUUCUCUCAACAAGAUCCGCGACAAUGGGUGUGAAUGAAUGUGAAGAUACCACCGUGUGCCCAGCUUAUGCAACCUGCACCAACACUUUGGACAGCUACUACUGCACUUGCAAAGGAGGCUUUCUGUCGAGCAAUGGACUGACGCGGUUCCGGGGCCCAGAAGUAACAUGCAAAGAUAUAGAUGAAUGUUCUCAAAGCCCCCAACCGUGUGGUGCCAACUCAGUCUGCAAAAACCUGCAGGGGAGAUACAAGUGCAGCUGCUUGCCUGGUUUCUCUUCUCCCACUGGAAAUGACUGGACCUCGGGAAAGCCGGGUCAUUUCUCAUGCACAGACAUCGAUGAAUGCCUCUCCGAUGGGGUCUGCCCAGAGCAUGCUGAGUGUAUCAACUCCUUGGGAAGCUACAAUUGCAGCUGCCAGGUUGGAUUCAUCUCUCACAACUCGGUCUGUGAAGACGUGGAUGAAUGUGCUGACCCCGCAACUUGCCCGGAGCACGCAACUUGUCACAACAGUCCUGGAAGCUACUCUUGUGUCUGCAACCUAGGAUUUGAAUCCAGCAGUGGAAACAUGAGCUUGCAGGGCCCAGGAGACACAUGUGAAGAUGUGGACGAAUGUGCCAGGAACUCAACUCUUUGUGGCCUCAGCUCGGUGUGUACCAACACCCCAGGGGAAUACCACUGCUCCUGCCUGCCUGGGUUCUUUUCACCUGUUGAUUGGACCCCUGAGAAACCAGAGGAUUUCAGAUGUACAGAUAUAGAUGAAUGUUCUCAAAGCCCUCAACCGUGUGGUGCCAACUCAGUCUGCAAAAACCUGCAGGGGAGAUACAAGUGCAGCUGCUUGCCUGGUUUCUCUUCUCCCACUGGAAAUGACUGGACCUCGGGAAAGCCGGGUCAUUUCUCAUGCACAGACAUCAAUGAAUGCCUCUCCGAUGGGGUCUGCCCAGAGCAUGCUGAGUGUAUCAACUCCUUGGGAAGCUACAAUUGCAGCUGCCAGGUUGGAUUCAUCUCUCACAACUCGGUCUGUGAAGACGUGGAUGAAUGUGCUGACCCCGCAACUUGCCCGGAGCACGCAACUUGUCACAACAGUCCUGGAAGCUACUCUUGUGUCUGCAACCUAGGAUUUGAAUCCAGCAGUGGAAACAUGAGCUUGCAGGGCCCAGGAGACACAUGUGAAGAUAUUGAUGAGUGCCUUUACAUCAGCCUUUCCAAUGCAACAUGCACCAACACCCCUGGGAGCUACUUCUGCACCUGCUCUCCUGGCUUUGCACCAAGCAACGGACAGCUGAACUUCACAGGCCAAGACGUGGAAUGCAGAGAUAUCGAUGAGUGCUCCCAGGACCCAUCACCAUGUGGCCCCAGUUCUGUCUGCACCAAUGCCCCGGGCACCUACAGCUGUAGCUGCAUUGAGGGCUUUCGUCCCGAUCCAGAAGGCUCCUUCAACUUCAACUGCAAAAGGAUUCCCUUCAAGUGCAAAGAAGAUGUGAUACCCAACAACGAGUGGGUCCAGCAAUGCCAAGUGGGAGAAGCAGUGAUGGCUGAAUAUGGUUCCUUCUGCACACUAAUGAAUGCCACCUUCAGUGUUCUGGACAAUGCCUGUGAAAACAAAACCACCGUGGUUUCUCUGAAGAGUGCGGCUGAGAGCCUUACCUCUGUGCUCGAACAAACAUCCACAUGGUCCAACUUCUCCCAAGAGGAGACCUCUGCCCUGGCCACUGUCAUACUGGAGAGUGUGAAAAGCAGCACCCUGGCAGCUUUCCUGAAACCCUCAGCCAAUGUCACUCAGACUGUUCAGACGGAACACUUGGAAAUUGAAAGCAAGAUCAUCCAGGGAGAAUGUGCCGAAGAGAACAUGAUCCUUCACUUCAAAGCCAAAGGGAAUGAGAUGAAAAUCCGGUGCUCUACAAUCAAGGAAUCUGAAUCCAUAGGGAAUAUCACAGGGACCAUCGGGGUAGCUUUUGUCUCCUUUUCGGGGAUGGAGUUGUUUUUAGAUGAGAGUUUCUUCCAAGACCCUCAGAACCCCUUGGCCAAUUCCCAGAGGAGGCUAAAGAUGAAUUCUCACGUUGUGCAGGGCAUCAUGACUGGGGAGAAGCAAGAUGGGUUCUCUAACCCAGUCAUUUACACGCUGGAGAACAUCGAGCCAAAGCAGACGUUUGAGAGUCCUAUCUGUGUUUCCUGGAACACAGAUAUGGAGGGUGGCAGGUGGAUACCCUCUGGCUGUAAGAUCCAUGAAGUUUCUGAGAUGUAUACUACGUGCAGCUGUCAUCACAUGAUGAACCUGGCCGUCAUCAUGGCUUCUGGGGAGCUCACGACGGAGUUACCCUUGCACAUCAUUAGCCACGUGGGUUUGAUCAUCUCCCUGGUGUGUCUCGUCUUGGCCAUCGCCACCUUCCUGCUGUGUCGUGCCAUUCAAAACCACAACACCUACCUCCACCUGCACCUCUGCGUGUGCCUCUUCUUGGCCAAGACUCUCUUCCUCACCGGUGUAGACAAGACUGGCAACCAGACGGGCUGUGCCAUCAUUGCAGGCUUCCUGCACUACCUUUUCCUCGCCUGCUUCUUCUGGAUGCUGGUGGAGGCUGUGAUGCUCUUUCUUAUGGUCAGGAACCUGAAGGUGAUGAAUUACUUCAGCUCUCGCAACAUCAAGAUGUGGUACCUCUGUGCCUUUGGCUACGGGCUCCCAGGGCUGGUGGUGGCUGUCUCAGCCGGUGUGCAACCACAGGGUUACGGGAUGCAUAAUCGCUGUUGGCUGAACACAGAGACAGGGUUCGUCUGGAGCUUCCUGGGGCCAGUCUGCGCCAUCAUCCUGAUCAAUUCCAUCCUCCUGACUUGCACGUUGUGUAUCCUGAGGCAGAAGCUUUCCAGUGUCAAUGCUGAAGUCUCCACGCUCAAAGACACCAGGUUACUGACGUUCAAGGCGUUUGCCCAGCUCUUCAUCCUGGGGUGCUCCUGGGUGUUGGGCAUUUUCCAGAUUGGAUCCAUGGCCAGUAUCAUGGCCUACCUGUUCACCAUCAUCAACAGCCUGCAGGGGACCUUUAUCUUCAUCAUUCACUGUCUGCUCAACCGCCAGGUGCGGGAAGAAUACAGGAAGUGCAUUACCAGGAAGACGAAACGUAGCCCUGAGUCCCAGACCUCAGGGAUGUUACUGUCCUCUGUCCCCUCCACCUCUAAAUCGGGCUAAAGAUCUUUCUUACUGCCAGUAUGCUAUGAAGCAACAUUUGAGGAAAGCAGAUACCUACGGGAGCCUUCUCUGAAAUCUCUUCCCGGCUUAAUGUGCAGAUGUGGGAUCCUGCCAGCCCCAGAACUCUCUGGGAAGCAAGAAUUUCUGUUUCAGAUUAUCAGUUCUGCUCUUUGAGUUCCCAGAGUUUUGUGGAAGCAACAGAUCCCAGUGCAAUGGCAUGACCAAGAUUAUCUGGCUACCAUUUUGGUUUCUCCUAAAUUCAGUGCUGUAUGGCUCCAAGUGUACUUCUCCCGCACCCAUCAUGUGCCUGACACAGAGCAGCCCUCAAUAAAUUAUUUGUCAUAUGACUGACGACUUAGCCUUUAACAAAGAUUCCUGCUGCUCUUAAAGAAACAGUCAGUGUCAUGGUAAUGGUGGCCCCAGGGUAUGAAUAAAACACUUAGACCUAUAGACUACUUUUGUACAAACACUUCCAAGAGCCCUAUUGGUGAGUAGGAGCUCUGGAUGGGGCAGGACCUCAGUGUUUCAUGGAGGGUUGCAGUGCUUGAUGGCAACACCCUUUGGAAAGUGUUUUGGUUUCCUGGAACCUUUCAGGGAACCAACAUCUCUCUUCCUUCCAGGAACUUUCUUGGAACACGUCUAGGA